AUGGCAAAUAAACAAUCUAAAAUUGAUGAGUUGGUAAGUCAAGAUGCUGUCUCUUCAUUAAAUGAACAAAUUUCCAAACUUGUAGCUGAGAAUGAUAAACUUAGACGGGAGAAUGCUGAGAUUCCCGGACUUAGAAGGGAGAAAGAUUUGCUUAUGGCUAGAAUAAUAGAAUUAGAACGGCUCACAAAGGAAAGUGCUGAGAAUGAGAAGCGAAGUCGGAUAGAGAAUUCUGAACUUAAGAGUAGAGUAACAAAAUCAGAACGUGAUAUCGAAGAGAUUAAACAGAAAAAAAUUACACCUAAUAUUUCAGAACUUCACGCUGAUAUAUCCAUAGAAAGUGAUACUUCAGCAUCCGAUAUAACCGACAACGCUACAAAUUCUGAUGAACAUCAAGAAGAGAUGAAGUCUCAAGUCUCCAAUUCGCAUUCGACUGAAUUAUCCGUAUGCAUAAAGCCUAAAUCAUCAGAAGAUAAGGAAAUGGAUGAUUUUCUGGUUGAAAGGCAUAAUGAACAGAUUCUCAACGAAAUAAAAGAAAGAAAUAGGGAGAAAAAUCUUCAAUGUGAGUCACCUACCGAAAAUUCUCCAAAAAAGGACACUUACAUAUCUAAUAUUAAAUCUAGUAUCUAUCCCGAGCAGAAAAAAGAGCAAGGUUUAAUACAAGAGAUAUCAACAUCCAUUAAAGAUCAGAAUAAUAUAACUGAAAUUUCACAGAACAAUGUUCGUCAAAAUCAUGUGACUGAAAUCGCUUCAGAUCAAGAUAUUAUUUGUUUAUAUCAAAAUGCAUGUGAUGCAGAAAAAGACGCUAUUAAAGCCAAUCAAGAAGAAAUAUUAUGUUGA